AAUAGAUUGAAUUAAAAUUUAGACAAUCAAAAUAAGUAUAUGCAUUUCCUCAAAUGCAUUGUGAAGAAACGUUUUUAGAUUUUCAAAAUAUUUCAGAGCAUUUCACAGAUAAUGCGAUAUUAAAAUCUAUAUUUAUUCAAUAACCAAAACCUUAUUAACAAAAUUAAGACUACUAAACCAAAAAAAAUACGAUCUUAAAGAUUUAGAAGGAAAAUUGUAUAUAAAUGAAAGAUCUUAGUAAAAAAAUGGGAAUAAAAUGCAACCUCUAUGUCUAAAUAAGUUCUAUUUGAUUUUUAACUGAAAUUUUUGAAGAAAUUAAAGCAACACAAC